CACAACAGCAAGCCGCCAUAUCACUUUACUUGUUGGCAGCUAGAGACUUCCGCGUUACUGCACUGUGAUAUUAGCAUCAAGUCGGCUUCUAGCCAGCAUCAGCAUAACGAACGUGCAGUUAUGAAUGAUGACUCUCAUGCCCCGUCCGGGCAGGACAACAUGACUGGUGAUGGAAAUAGCUCCGAAUGGACACUUACUUCUGAGAAGUUAUUGCCUGAAGGGUUUCAUAUUCCACGAGAAUUGAUUCGUCAACCGUCUGGCCGCCCGGUCGUUGAGCCUGAUUCGGUUUUGGGAGAUUCCAGGAGAACAUACCAGGCUUAUAAGGAAGGGAAGUACAUCAUGCCAAACGAUGAGGCUGAACAGGAACGUUUGGACAAGCAACACUAUGCAUUUACGCUACUCAUGGACGGCAAACUCUCGUGGGCUCCGUUGACGGAGCCUCCUGCACAUGCUGUCGAUAUUGCAACAGGCACGGGAGUAUGGGCAUUGGAAUUCGCGAAACAAUACCCCGAAUCCAUGUUAAUAGGGACUGAUUUGAGCAGGAUACAACCGGAUCCAGCCAUACCUAACUGUUUCUUUGUCAAAGAAGACGUGGAGGAUGAUUGGGUAUUUUCCCACUCUUUCGAAUAUAUUCAUGCGCGGUUCGUAAACACCUGUUUCGACAACCCAAAGAUGGUCAUCUCCCACGCCUUUAAGAAUUUGAAUCCGGGAGGGUGGAUAGAGUAUCAGGACACGGCGCCUCAAUUUCUGUUCAUGGAUGGAAGCUUGGACGGCACCGCUCUCGGAAAGUGGUCGGAUCUUUGCCGUCAGGGAAUGGCAGCUAUGGGAAAGGAUGCACUGGUCUCUGCCAAGUACAAAUUUUGGUUUAAGGAGGCGGUCGUGAACGUCACAGAGAAGAAAAUCCCAUGGCCUUGUAAUGGCUGGCCGGCGGACCCAAGGUUUCAACAAGUGGGCAAACACCAACUGCAAAACAUUUUGGAUGGAAUUCGCGGCGUUGCGUGGGAAAUGUUGAAAGCUGCCGGCAUGACCCCAUCCGAGAUCGAGUCGUUUAUCGAACAGGUCAAGGAAGAAGCGCAAGAUAAGAAUACGCGAUUCUUCAUGCCGGUCUACGUCGUGUAUGGACAGAAGCCGCUGGUGACUUAGGAUCGAGUUGAGACGUUUUGUUAGAUGACGUGGAAAUGGAACUAGAUACUUGGUGCUUUGGGACUUGUGGGGUCAUUUUCUACUUACUAGCUUGGAACCAGUUCUCUCGGCUGGGUGGAAGGAGGAACUGCCUGCCCAGACGGAGAAAUGAUCUCCUUACAUUGCCAUACCAUAGUAUCCCAGUUAUAAGGUGCAUCUGGAGUGUGGCGAAACAACGACCCCUCCUAUUUCGGACACCCGGUCACACAUAGGAGCUGUACGCACAUGUUGAACCUUCAAGGCUACUACACCAAGACUGCCAGUCUUGGAAGAACACAUGGUCACGUACCGUAAUUUAUAGACCAAUAUGA